AUGCCACCUCAUAAAACUCCUGAAUUUAAACAAUCAGUGGAAGAUAAUACAAAAGACAAAAGACAAAUAGCACAGAAUCACUUUUUUCAUAGUGUGCAAAUUCCAGAAAGUCUAAUACAAUUUCUUCUUGAUCGAUUUGUUUCAAUAAGUUAUACUCUUCAUGGAUUUAGAACAGUAAAACCAAGGCAUUUAUGCGGUGGUAUACUUAUUAGCAAUGAAUGGGUAUUAACUGCAGCUCAUUGUAUUAGUCCAUUUCAAAGUCUUCAAAUAUCAAAAUUACGUCAAUACAUGGAUAAAUCAUCAAUUCAUUUUAAACCUAAUGAUAAAGCAAAAUUAAUUGAUACAUUAAUUCUUCAUCCAAAUUUUACACAAGGCCAAAGUUUAUCACCAGAUAUUGGUUUAAUUAAAUUAAAAAACUCUAUUCUUGAUUCACUUACUGAUGAGAUUUAUAAUUACGAAGAAUUAAAAAUGUUUUUAUUAAUAAAUGAUAAACUACUAAUAAGUAGUCAAGAAUAUAUAUGUAUAGUUGCAGGUGUUGGUCAUUUAAAAUAUCGCAAUAUAAUGAAUACAAAUUCUAAUAAUUAUUUUCAUGUUGCAUUUGUACAUCUCGAAUCAUGUAAUAAAUUAUGGAAGAAAUUACAAUUAGAAAGAGAAAUAAAACAAAUCCAAAGUAAUGAACAACAACAAGAAUAUGAGUGGAUAAAUAUUUGUAAACAAAGUUUGAUUGAUAAUUCUAUGAGUCAAAAGUGUCCUUUUAGUUAUUUAUGCGCUGGUGGAAGAUAUGUGGAUGGUGAUACAUGUCAAGGAGAUAGUGGUGGACCACUUUUAUGCAUUGAAUCACAAACUUAUUCGAAAUUUCUAAAAAAAUGGUUCGUUGCCGGUAUUGCUUCAUCAGGAAUUCAGUGUGGUUUGAAUGGGAUCCCAUCAAUCUAUACACCGAUAUAUCCCUAUUUGGAUUGGAUCGAAUCCAUUACAGGCUACGGAAAACAGAAACCUUUCGAGUAA